GUAGCUCUCAUCAAUAACUAUUUAGGUCUCUCGGCUAUCCAUUGAAUUCCAUUCCUGUGGAAUACAUAUGUCGAUAUUAAAUUAGAGAAAGUCCGCAGAUCUCAAGAAUUUCCAAAUCGCAUUCUCAACUCACGAAACACUACCAAGGAAAAUCCUUGUACUUCCCAACGUCUCACCAACGCAUAACUUCCUCGCUGCGUAUUAGUUCAUAUAAAAUGGCCGCCAAUGAACCGGGUAUAAAUCUGGGACCCAAUCAAAAUCUCGGUUUCAUACCUUGGCCUCAACCUGGCAACACAAUGUCGCAGCUUGACGCAAUUAUUGCAGACACGGACGACGAAGUCCUCGCUGGAAUGGGAGCAAGACUAGAGGCCUACAUCUUAACAGCUGGAAAUCGUUCUCUUUCUCGUGAGAAUGUACUCAGAAUAUCCAGGAUCCUGGCUACAACAUAUCAAGCACCUGGUAAGCCGAAAACUACUAAGAGCGCCCUGGCACCCCUUGGAGGAGGCUAUGACAUUGAUAAUCAAAAAAACUUUAACAAGAUCGUCUCUGUUAAUGUAGGAACUGGGAAACAGCGAGUCCAAUUCAAAGCACUGGCAGGAGUAUUGGCCACGCAAGCCGAAUAUUUCAAACCUCUUUGUUCUGAUCUAUGGAGAUGUGGUCGUGAAGGUGUCAUCUCACUCGAAGAUUUUCAACCUGAAAGUUUCGAAAUCUUCCUUGCAUGGCUCUACACCAAGGAUAUUAGAAACGCCAAAGGUCUGAUCAAGAAGAUUAAGGGUAAUAACGCUCAUUUUCGAACACAAGCAUAUAAGUUUGAAUGGUUCCAGUUACUUCAUUGCUACUUUCUUGCCGAUUAUAUUGGAGCACCGAAGUUCGCCAAUUAUUUGAUGAAUGCAUUAACCUUGUCAUAUAGAGGUUGGGUGCGUGAUGGAUUUGUCAAGUCUGCGAAAAACCCACUUUUCAACAAGACAGAGGAGACUAUAAAGCUAGUGGAUAGCAACACAAUCGAAUCAUCACCACUACGAGCUUUAAUAAAGGAUAUAAUCUUCCCUUCUAUUGGAGAGGGACAGUUUCCCAUUACCGUCGACCCACCUCCGGGAGCACCUUCUCCGUUUCGUAGAACCAGACGCGGACUUCAUAAUCUCUUAUUACCGGAUCCGCCACUGCCACCUCAGGGCCAAAACACUCAAUUUCCAAAUAAUGGAACGGCUCCGAAUCAAAAUUUUAAUCUUGGCUAUCCACUGUUUCCUACUAAUGUUCCGCCGACUAACCUGAACUUACAUCCCGCACCACCAACCAACAAUCUUACACAAAACGCUCCCCCUCUACUACCCACUGGAACUAUAGUACUCCCGAACUUUAACCUACAUCUACCGCCAGCCCAUCCUCACAACAAUCCAAUAUGGACAACCAAUCCUCAAAGAGGUCCAUUUCGCACUGGCAUUCACCACCUUCCCAUCUCUCAUCACGCCCAUUAUCCACAUCCUAUUCCCCGCAACCCCUUCGGCAAUCCUAAUGCCUUCAACAUCCGAAACCGUGAUCCUUUAUUCCCACCAACUAUCGUACCAUCUCGACCCAAUUUACGCUCUCGCUUUCUCAAAGCAAUGACAUUUGGGAAAAGUGAAGAUAAAGUCGAUCCGGAAACCGCGGCUGUUGAGUUCAAGAAAUGGGAACAGGCAUCGAUGGUUUGGGAAAAUGAGAGAUGUAAGUAUCAUAUUCAUGCUAAGGGAAAGGAUUGUCGAGAUGAAGAGUAGAGAUCUAGGUUUCGCAAGAAAGUUCUGAUGAAGGAAUGCUGUGGCUGAGAUAUAGAUUUCAGAAUGAUCUGCUGAGCGUGAUCUAUUAUUGUUGGGGGUGUGGGUACAGACAUAGAUACAUUAAGAAGUAUGGGGAGUGGCUUGAUCUAGCAACUAUCACAUCAUCUAUGUUGAUGAUACUAUAACAUAAAUAUUCCAUUGAGCAAGCCAUGAUACAUGCUACGAAGCAAGUGAGAAUACUUGAAGACAAUGCAAUAAAGCACAUAACGGUACAAAUCCUCAUAAAAUUUCAGAUUGA